GUCGAACGUGAACUGCUUGAGAAUGCUGAUGUUAUUUGCACGACUUGUGCAGGGGCUGGCGAUCCUCGACUAGGGAAGCUGCGUUUUAAGAUGGUCUUGGUGGAUGAGGCGACGCAGGCCUGUGAGCCAGAGGCGCUCAUUCCUAUCUGUAACGGUGCUAAGCAGGUGAUACUGGUGGGUGACCAUAAGCAGCUCGGCCCAGUGGUGAUGUGUAAGAAGGCGGCGAAGGCUGGCUUUAAGCAGUCCUUGUUUGAACGUCUUAUCGCCCUCGGCGUUCGACCGAUCCGGCUUGAAGUGCAGUACCGUAUGCAUCCGAGCCUUGCGGAAUUCCCGAGUCAAACAUUCUAUGAUGGCUGCCUACAGAAUGGCAUUACUAUGGAAGAUCGACAGGUCUCUGGUGUGAAGUUCCCAUGGCCCAGGGAGGAGAUGCCGAUGUUCUUCUACAAUUCUACAG